AUCUCUCUACCUCCAGUACUGCGGGAUCUUGAUUGCUUCUCCCGACAUUGAUGGCCGAUGUAUAAUUAGCCCUUCAAAGUCGCUUUGUCAAAGAGAUAAGUAAACCAGGCAUAAUAUAAGACCCGUAUCGUUGAAGACAACAUUUCCAAGACACAGAGCAUGUCCUUCAUCGACAGCAUAAAACAUGACCUCGUCGGAUACCUCUUUGGCAUCCAAAAUCGGGGCUUGACCGCUGCUUGCUGUGCUGUGGCAGUCGCCUCCACCAUUGCCUUCCCUUACAUUCGCAGGGACUACCAGACAUUUCUAUCUGGCGGUCCUUCCUACGCUCCCCAGAACAUCAGAGGAUACAUCAUCGUUUGUGUCCUCUCCUUAUUCCGUCAGGAGCAAAAGGGCCUUGCGAUAUAUGACCGCCUUCCCGAGAAGCGCAGGUGGUUACCUGACUUGCCUCCUCGCAAUGGUCCGCGGCCCGUCACAACUAGCCAUAUAAUCCAAAGACAGCGCAACCAAGCGCCAGACCCCGACUUCGCCCUUAAAGAACUCAAGGCCACGGUCAUUCCACGCGUGCAGGCUCGCCACACCGACCUUACCCAUCUCAGCCUAUCCAAGUUCGAGUUCCACGCUGAAGCGAUCUUCCUGCUCCCCUCUGUACCCAUCAAUGAUCCAAAAAACAUUCCCAGUCACGAUACGGUGCGCAGGACGAAGAGAGAGAUCGCACAUAUGCACGAUUACCACGACUACACAUUGCAUCUUGCACUGGCCGCCCAAGAUGGGAAGGAAGUCGUGUCGAAGGGGUGGGGGCAGCGACACCCACUGGCAGGUCCAGGCGUUCCUGGCCCGCCGACAGAGUGGACGUUUAUUUACGCGCCACGUAACGAAGAGGAGCUGGCAGUGGUGGAAAUGAUUCUCGAAGCAUCAAUAGGCUAUAUGACCAAUGACCCGGCUGGAAAAGUUAUCGAAUAGUUGCGUCGUGGACAUCGUGAAAACGCGUUGACUGUUCUUCGGUAGUGUUACUGCAGAUGUAUGCUCCCCGGAAUUGAACGUGAGGUUCAGAUACAUAGAAUUUCUCGUGACUCUGCAUGUACGCAUGAUGCCCUUUGGUCUCUUCAGUAAGGAUAUUAGGAACACAUUCAGACGAAGU